GCGGCCCCAGUCCUGGGCCGGCGGUGGCCCGCGGCCUGCGGGAGGCGCUGUGGCCCGUCGGGCGGCCCCGCGGAGCCGCCAUAGCCUCCCGCCUCCCGCGACCCAACGUCUCCGCCGCCGGCCUCGCGCCGCCGCCAUGGCCGACGUGGAAGACGGCGAGGAACCCUGCGCCCUGUCCUCUCACUCCGGGAGCGCAGGAUCCAAGUCGGGAGGCGACAAAAUGUUCUCUCUCAAGAAGUGGAACGCCGUGGCCAUGUGGAGCUGGGACGUGGAGUGCGAUACGUGCGCCAUCUGUAGGGUCCAGGUGAUGGAUGCCUGUCUUAGAUGUCAAGCUGAAAACAAACAAGAGGAUUGUGUUGUCGUCUGGGGAGAAUGUAAUCAUUCUUUCCAUAACUGCUGCAUGUCCCUGUGGGUGAAGCAGAACAAUCGCUGCCCUCUCUGCCAGCAGGACUGGGUGGUCCAAAGAAUCGGCAAAUGAGAGCAGUGGAAGGUGUUCCUUGUGCAGUUGUUCGGAGCCCUGGUGGAUCUUGUUAUCAGGUGCCCUACAAAGGCUAGUACUCUCCAGGGGGCUAAUUCUUUGAAUCGGACGCGGUGGAUCUGCGGUCUUUUGGGACUCAUCAGAGGCAUGGGUUAGCCUUUUUCAGUUUUAUUUGCAGAAAUUCUCUACAAUUAAGAAGAUAAUUUAUUAAAGAUGGUCUUUCCUACCUCUGUGGUAUGUGUCUCACACACUGCUUAUAAGUGCUAUAAAGGAGAGAACUAUAAAUUGAACGACGUUUAUAAUUUACCUACUGAUAUCCAAGGAGCUAUGGAAGCAGUUCCGUUCAGAAGAGAACUUUUUGCAUGCUUGUGGUUGAUCAGUUUAAAAAAAAAACAAAAAAUAUUAUAGUAACAAAUAAAGUGCAGUUUAAAACCCAACUCUUAUCCUUAAUCUGUUCCUAAUAUUUAUUUUUGGCAGGGAGGGGGAUGAUUCAUGAAAUCUUUAUUUGAUAUUAUGAGAACUUAAAGUUUGGACCAGUGAACAGGGUAAAUAAAAUUUAACCUUUGGUUGUAUGAGAUUUCAGUGGUGGUCUACGUUAUCAUCCCCUGUCUCUGACCCAUCGAGAAAACCUAGGUCUGCACUCACCUCACUGUUCAGUUACUGAGUGGUCAAGGACAGAAGUAUUUUCAAGAUCUAGUCAUAUUGCGUUGUAAUUUAACUGUGUUUUAGGUGGAAUGUUAAUGAGGGGAAAAUGUUUACCAUUGUAGCAUUGGAUCAAAAAGUUUAUUUUAUCACACCAUGUUUUAAUAAACGGUUUAUUCUGUUUACCUCA